CGGUGUCGGCGCUGCUCUGCGAUGUGAGGCAGCGCCGCGCCCCCGCUGCCGGAGCAGCCGCUCUGCCGCCGGCCAUGAUCUCCUGAGGGGCCGCGCCCGCCCCGCCGCACGGCAUCUUUCACAACUGAGGCUCUGAAAUACUCGAGGACACUGCAUCUUCCUCAGGGACACAGACAAGGGGGAGCUGGAUCCCCUGGGGAGCUCAGAAAAGAAUUGUGGUUGGUGGUCGCCUGAGGAACUUUCCUUCACACCAAUGUUGCUCUGAAACGAGUUGUGUCCAACAUUCAGGUUUGGUAAGAUGCCUCAGGAACAGUACGCACACCGGAGCACCAUGCAGACCUCAGAAGGACCCCAGGUAUACAAAGUGGGGAUUUAUGGCUGGAGGAAGAGGUGCCUCUAUUUCUUUGUGCUGCUCCUAAUGAUUUUAAUCCUGGUGAACCUUGCUAUGACCAUCUGGAUUCUGAAGGUUAUGAACUUCACAAUUGAUGGAAUGGGGAACCUGAGAAUCACAGAAAAGGGUCUAAAGCUUGAAGGAGAUUCAGAAUUCUUGAAACCUCUCUACGCCAAAGAAAUCCGGUCAAGACCAGGCAACCCACUGUACUUCCAGUCUGCCAGAAAUGUGACAGUGAACAUCCUCAAUGAGAAGACUAAAGUCCUUACUCGCCUCAUAACAGGUCCCCAAGCAGUGGAAGCACACAGCCAAAAAUUUGAAGUGAAAACCCUCUCUGGAAAAUUGCUGUUUUCUGCAGAUGACAACGAAGUGGUUGUUGGAGCAGAGAGAUUGAGAGUUUUAGGAGCAGAAGGCACAGUGUUCCCUAAAUCUAUAGAAACUCCCAAUGUCAGGGCAGAUCCCUUCAAGGAACUAAGACUGGAGUCACCUACACGUGCACUGGUGAUGGAGGCUCCAAAAGGCAUCGAGAUCAACGCCGAGGCUGGCAGCUUGAAAGCCACAUGCAGGACAGAGCUCAGGCUGGAAUCCAAAGAUGGAGAGGUCCUCUGCACUAGAAAUAGCAGCAAGACAUGAUGCCUGCCUUGGGAAUCUGGGCUGGAGCACUGCAACAGAGCUAUUCACAGCACAGGGCAUUGACUGUAGCUGGUUUAAAUACAGAUUUGGGUCUGUUUAACGUAGUAAGUACCAAAGGGUUUGCACCCAAAGGUUUAGCGCCUUUUGUGAAAGCAAAAUAAGAGUUUGGCUGCCUUGUCUAAACCACAACCCAGGUGCUCCUGGGCACAGCAUGGGACACAGGACUCCUUGAGCUUCUGGGUUUCCUUAUCACAUGGGUGCAGAGCUGUGGGAAGUCUUAUAUCACUGUUGGCUCAAGCUGCUGCCUGGAAACGGAGGCUUGUUCAUCCAGCUUUGUCCCUUGCCACCACCAUGAACUGGAGUUUCACAGUAGCAGGUACUACUGGAGGAAUUCGUUUUCUUGUCCACUUAUGUGGGUUAUCAGAGCAAACACAAAGAUGAACAAAUCCUGCCCUUGCUCAGCAGAGUAAGAGCAUGCCAGAAUAAAGAGCAGAUCGGAGCAGUUACCAUCUAUUGUGUUUAUUGAAGGAGGGCUCAGCUGACAGCAUUCACACCAAUAUUCCUCCCUAGGUGAGAGCUUUUCCUGAGCUGCAACCCAUAUCUCAGUCUGGAUCUGCACUAUGCAGUAGCCCAGUAUCAAGGAAGAAAUUGACCUGCUGGAUCUGACUCAGAUCCAUUUGGGUUUUGGUUUUGGGUUCUUUAGCCACCCCUUAUUUGAAUUAGUUUCCUUGUGCGCAAAUGCCAAUAGUGUUGUCAGUAUCAACCCAACAAAUGCUCCAUGUAGGUAGACACAACAGCAAAAGAUCUUUCAGUGUGAGUCAAAGCAAAACCCCGUUCAUUUACAGCAGCAACAUAAAGGGCAUGACCCAUACGCUAUAGCAGUUUUCAUCUGUGAUGGUGAAAUACCUUGUCUGACCUCUACGCUGAUAACCACCAAUGACCUUGAUCGUGUAAACAGGACAAAGUGAAUUUAAAGUUUUAUCACAGUUCUCAUUAAGAAAUUCAGAUUUGUUUGUCUUUUUUCUUUUUAAUUUAUGUAUGUGUGUGGUUCUGUGGGAAAAUGUAAAGCUUUUUUGUAUCAAAUAACAUCAGUCCUUGCACACUCUAUGCAAAAUUUUGUAAGCAUUGCAAUAAUGCUAUGAAUUACACAAGGAACUAUUUUAACUUUAUUACACUUUCUGUAUAAAAAAAUAUUUGUAUUUAAAUAAUUUCAACUGCAAUCUUGUAAAAUAUAUUAAUAAAAUAAUGAUUGUUAA